AUGAUUAAAUACAUGAAAUACUUCGAAAGAAUAACGCCCUCCUCAGCACCUUGGGGAGGUGGUCAGCCCGAUCACAAAAGACAUACUUCGCAGCGGAGCUCGAUUACCUGUACUCAGCCCAUAGAAGAUUUGGCUGAAAAGCCCGAAGAAGAUGAGACCCAUGACAUGGAAAAUGCAGUCUUAGCUGAACUACCCUCACUGUAUGUUGUCAGCCCAAAAACGGACAAGGAACAUCCCAUUCAUGGUGCCGCAAACCCUCGUCAUGCUCUGAUCCCCUUGGUCCAGUGGAAUUGGUCUCACACUUGGCCACCGUACGAUGACAGCGUCAGUUUCCCAGAAGUCGACGAGAAGAGGAACAGGCUCAGCUCCUCUCGUAUCAGCCCCACGCCCGUAGUCAACAAGGAGACAAUACUACACUCAGUGAGUCCCACAAACAUUCAGUGGACUAAGACUGUAAGAGUCAUCACGCCACCGCUUCGAGUAGGCAUCCCGUGGGGUGUUAAAGCCACCGCAGAACUGCACAGAAGUCCCGAACGCCUUCCGUCACCAGGCCCAUCAAUCCUCAAAACUUCAUCUCCUAUCAAAUCAAGCUCUUUGCGAGUACAGAGACUCGACACCCCCGCAAUAAAACCGACACCGUAUCUCCAGAAGAACAUCACCACUUUUGAUCAACAAAACAUGUUUGAUUGGCCCCUUGAUUCGGAUUCUUACCCUCCCUUCAACAAAGGGUAUCGCAGCAAGUUUCCAGAGAUGAGAAACAAGUCAGCCAGAGCGAGUCUGCCGCCCGCUACAAAGCUGGGGUACUACGCAGAUCAACGCAGUUGUGAUAAAGACGCGGAUCUGGUAAAGCGCAGAUGGGAGGUGAAACUUAGCGCUAUUGGCAGGCGCCGAAAGAAGAAAGAUUAUUAUUCGAAAAUUAUAGAAAGAAAGAUGUUGAUGGAAGAGAGGUUGGCCAAAGCAUGGAUAGAGGAGCAAAAGGAAGGGGAAGGGAAGGGGAAAGAAGGAGGGAGAUUCAGCCUGUUGCUCGUGGAAUAUAAUAAUAUUGCAGAUGAUCGCUGGAGUAGACGAUAA